AUGAUUGCUGCGGGAUACCGCAUUACUAUGGAUACUGAUGCUGACAAUGCCUUUAUUGUGCAUUGUGAUGGAAACAGAAAGAUGCGAUUUGUUACUCAUAAGGGUGUGUAUGUGUUGGAGCAACUUGGAGCAAAUGUCGAACCAGGUGCCAAAGAGACAAGUGCAAUGUACCGUCGCCAGUUAAGCAACUUAAAUAAUCAACCCCAUUUCGAACUUUCUUCAAACAAACAGAAUGGAUAUGCUGGACUCGAGAUGACCUCCAAGAUGGCAACCGUUCGAAAGAACAAAGAAGGAUUCACUCCAAGACAAGUCAAGGCUGCGAUGGAAGCGAGAAGUGCCCAAAUUUGUUAA